UUGAACACUGGCAGUGCGCUCGCUUCUCUCCAUACAGCAGUUACACUGAGCCACAGCUGCACCUAGAAGAUACACAUCUCUACUCUCAGCAGUCAACACAGAUACUCAUAUCAAAGCAGAUGCUCUUGUUCUCUCCAAACUCGAACGCUUUUUUCAGCGGCAUCUCUCUGCUAUAAGACGCCUGCGUUAGAGGUUCAUAUAAAAGUUUUUGUGAAAACCGCGGAACGGAUGUGAGGCGCAAUAGUGUGUCUCAGUCUUCAGUUUUUACCUUCUUUCAUUUGCGUUGCGAUCUCUAAGUGAGAGAGGAACACGAUUUCUAGUGGAAAGGCAAUAGGGACCGGUUGAUGUUUUUACUGAAAUGGACGUGAGAUUUUAUCCUCAGCCGCCACCAUCAGCAACAGAUCCUUCCCGACUGGGACAGUCGCACUAUUCGGACUCUGCGUAUUGCAAUAAGUACAACAGUGAAAACAUGUUCAUGAGUAUGCCAGAGACCAGCCAGGACUUUGUGCCAGGGAACCAGUUUCGUGUACCUGCCAGUCCCAGCCAGACACAGCACGGCAACAAACAGGCCACUCACUGGAAAAGAGAGAACCACAACCACACGGACGGCCAACGUCUGACAUGGCAGUCCUAUCCAGUGCCCAGUCUUGGGGACGAAGACUUCAACAUCCCCCCUAUCACUCCUCCCGAACACAUGCUUGCACACUUGCCCGAAUCUGAGUACCAUACUCUUUGCCCCCCUGUCUCCCAGAAUGGACUGCACCCCUUUCACCUGCAAGGAAUGGACCUGACUGGCAUGUCAGUCCCCAACAUGUUGGGCCAAGAUGGAGGCCUGCUCACCAACUCCCUCUCAGUGAUGCAGCAAAUGGUGAAUUCAGACUCCCGCUAUGGUGGCCACCCUCAGGUGGAGACGCUUAGACCCAGAGUCCAAUCUGGCAUGGUUCCGCAAGGUCAGCUGACCACUAUCAACCAAUCACAGCUGAAUACCCAGUUGGGGUUGAACAGCAACAACGGCACCCAUGGCUCCCCAUCUCCACCAGAGAGCAAGUCAGCCACACCUUCCCCCUCCAGCUCAGUGCACGAGGAUGAUGCAGAUGAUGCUGUCAAGAUUAAUGGGGCAGAGAAAAGAGCAGCCACAGACACGGCCAAGAAGCCCAAAACCCCCAAGAAGAAGAAGAAGAAAGACCCCAACGAGCCUCAGAAGCCCGUGUCAGCAUACGCCUUGUUCUUCAGAGACACACAGGCAGCGAUUAAAGGCCAAAAUCCCAACGCCACAUUUGGAGAGGUUUCCAAAAUAGUGGCCUCAAUGUGGGACGGUCUGGGAGAGGAACAGAAACAGAAUUACAAGAAAAAAACAGAGACUGCAAAGAAGGAGUAUCUCAAACAGCUGGCUGCGUACAGAGCGAGCCUUGUGUCUCAGAGCUACAAUGACCCGGGGGAUGUGAAGGCAUCGCAGGCUUCACAGAUGCUUGGACCAAAGCCACCGAUUUUUUCAGGGGCCGGUCAGUCCCACCCAGGUCUCUAUAUGAGUCCCCAAUACCACCAGCAGCCAGGACUCAGUCCCCACCUGCCACCCAUGCAUCGGGGCCCGAUCCGGCCCAGCGCACCCAUGCAGGGAGCGGUGAGCAUGGGCAGGAUGACUGGCUCGUCCCCCCCUCCGCUGCAGAUCAGCCCCCCCUUACACCAGCACCUCAGCCUCCACCAGCAACAGCAGCAGCUCAACAACCACCCGCUGUCUCUGCAUUCCUCCUCUAUGGCUCAGGGUUUCCAGCUUCAGGCAGAGUAUCAGAGCAUGGUAAAUGUCACAUCCGCUGGACCCGGUCUGUCCCCUUCAAUGGACUACCGCACUGGCUGCAGGAAUGGCCCGACCCAGGGCUUGGAGUGGCCCCCUGACUACUGCGGCAACGGAGCUCUGCAGAGGGACAAAGCCCUGUAUCUGACCUGAUUAACAUCAUCACCCACACAAUCCUUCAUGCUCACAGGACCAAGGCAGUUCCUCAUCCCAGUACAGCCAUUCAGGGCCUGAUAAUUCAGGCCUUAUUUUAGACUAGACACAAUCCACGCAUCAGCAAAUUCAUGUCCGAAUGUUUUCUUUCUCGUGGCUCACGCUUUACUAAAACCGCGGCGGGUAGGGAAUUCGUAUCUCCUUUUAGCUUCUGACAUUCAGACAUUUUGGAUCUUAAAACUAGAAUCAUCAAAGCAUGAACAUGUAAAUUGUCUACAAAUUUGUUUAAAUGCAAUCACCUCGCUCUAAUGACUUUUAAUGCCCUCCUAUUGUUUCGGGUCCUUGUUACAUAGCUAAUAAGAGGCGGUGUAUCUCUCUAGACGUGUGAUUUAUCGGCGAUUGCUCAUGGUUUAAGAAAUCGCGCAGAGCAAUUCGCCUGGCGGGGCGGGAGGGUUGUGUCAGUCCACCGGUUUCGAAGCACUUACUGCUGUGUGUCAGGAACUCCAAGCUCUUACUCACAAACAGCAGAACGAAAACCAAAACUUAUUUUGUAUAGAGGAAAAAUCGCACUCUGAGAAAAAAAGACAAAAAAACCCACACAAAAAGAAUGUGGAUGAUAUGACUCCUGCAUUUCUCCCUCCUCCUCCGACACCUCCUUUCUCACACGUUUUCUCGUUGUAUCAUUCUUCCUCUCUGUGGCGAUCUUUUCUAGUCAACUGCCUUAGAAACAGAGUUCUGUUGUAAGUAUAAAACGGGCGCUCGUAGCGACGCUGCAAACGGCCGGACGGGUCGCUUCAGCCCUCUUUCAAACUGUAAAUAGAAUCUGUGUUACUCCUAGAGUAUAAGAAUUCAACUUUGUUUUUUUUAGUAACAAUGUGAUUUUGAAUUGGGCCACACCAGUUCGUUUGAAGGGAUAAUCAGCCAAGUGAAGCGAUUUCUUGGCAUCGGGAGUCCCUGUUGUUUAGACUAAAAGAGACGAAUGAAGAAGUAUUUCUUUUCCCAGGUUUAAUUAAGGAAAGUCGAGUCUAUCAACCCGUGAGGUAGCAUGAAAUGAUUCGUUUAAGAAAGUACUAAAGAAAAAGUUUAUUUUGUAUUACGCAAAAUACUUCUUUUGUAUCACUUCUGGCAUAUUGAUUAAUGUCAUCCAAACUAUGUGUAUGAAACUGUCAGAUGCUUAUAUGGUGUUAAUUAGAAGAAACAGUGGCAGAUUGGAGAGUUUGCUGUAUAACCCCGGCAUAUGGCUGAUCAUUACUAUUCCUCUACACUGUGUCUAUAUGAGAUCUUUUUAUGGUACUUGUUUGCGCCUAUUUAUGAAGGAAAAAAAUAACUGUAGGUGUUUCUGAGUAAUUAUGUUAGAGUUCCAGGGAUGUUUUUCUGUUCAUUUGUUUUGACAGAAUCGAUCCAGGCAACAAUGUGAAUAAUUCUUAUUUAGUUUUUAUUGUGUUUGAAAAUAAUAAAUAAAGGCAAACCUGCAUUUUUGUGCAG